AUGCCACAACAUGUGAUACUGCAAAAAUUCGCCAACCACGUGCGAUGCCGCUAUGGGUACAAGGAGUCUUGUGCCAUCACUGCGCCAACUGGUAUGGCAGCCCAAAACGUCCAAGGAGUGACGAUUCACUCACUCCUUCGAUUUUUCCCAGGUCAAAAACCGUUCACUCCGUUGAGUAGAGAGACAACAAACCAACUGUUCAACGUGUUGAGCCAUCUGCGUGUGUUGAUCAUUGAUGAAAUCAACCGUCCUCGCUGA